UUACUGUUGAACGACGUCAUCUAACCACCCAGUUCAGGAAGCUGGAAGUUUCUUGUUUCCUAGAGUUCGGCUCUUUUGUUAACCAAAUUUCAAACCUGCAGUCUUUUGUUGGUAAGAAACUUUUUCGUGUCCGUGUUGCGAAAGGCGUAAGGGGGCAGGACGCAAAGUUUACACAUCACUCAUCUGAAGAUGUUAGCAUCAAGUCUCCCUGAGCUCCACGAUGACCACGCACAAAAAGUGGACAAUUACCUGCACCAGUUCAAGCUGUCAGACAAGACUUUAAUGGAGUUGUCUUUGAGAUUUCGGCGAGAGAUGGACAAAGGCUUAUGCAGGGACACAAAUCCCACAGCCACUGUCAAGAUGCUGCCAACAUUUGUGCGCUCCACUCCUGAUGGAACAGAACAAGGAGAAUUCCUGGCACUUGACCUCGGUGGAUCUAAUUUCAGAGUUCUCCUGGUCAAGGUUAAGGGCAAUGGCGAGCAAAAGGUGGAGAUGGAAAGCCAGAUUUAUGACAUUCCUGAGCUUGUCAUGAGAGGCAGCGGCUCUGAGUUAUUUGACCACAUCGCUGACUGUCUGGCUAAUUUUCUGGAGAAGAUGGGGAUAAAGGAUAAAAAGCUCCCUCUGGGUUUCACCUUCUCUUUUCCCUGCCAGCAGACCAAAUUGGAUGAGAGCAUUUUGAUAUCUUGGACCAAAGGCUUCAGGUUGAGUGGAGUGGAAGGAAAGGAUGUGGUCAGCCUUCUGAGGAAGUCUAUCAAAAAACGAGGGGACAUUGAUACUGACAUCAUGGCAGUGAUCAGUGACACAGUGGGUACCAUGAUGACCUGUGGCUAUGAUGAUCGUCACUGUGAAAUUGGCCUUAUUGUGGGAACGGGCACCAAUGCUUGUUACAUGGAGCAGAUGAGGAACCUUCAGCUGCUGGAUGGAGAUGAGGGGCAGAUGUGUGUAAAUACAGAGUGGGGAGCUUUUGGAGAUGAUGGCGGCCUGGAGGACGUGCGCACGGACAUUGACCGGGAAAUUGAUGCAGGCUCGUUGAACCCUGGCAAGCAGUUGUUUGAGAAGAUGAUAAGUGGGAUGUACAUGGGUGAGCUGGUGCGUCUCAUCUUGGUGAAGAUGGCCAGAGAUCAACUGUUGUUCCAGGGCAAGACUACGCCAGAGCUUCUUACCACUGGAUGCUUCAGCACCAACCACAUCUUCACCAUUGAGAGUGACAACGAUGAAGAAGGUCUGGCAAGUUCUGAGAAGGUUCUCCGCAGCCUUGGUCUGGACCCGACUGCUGACGACUGCGCAGCUACUCGGAGGAUUUGUCAGAUCGUGUCCACUCGGGCCGCACACUUAUGUGCCUCCACCCUGGCAGCGGUAAUGCGACAAAUCCGGGACAACAAAGCGGCUGAAAAGUUGCGUAUCACCAUUGGAGUAGACGGAUCGGUUUACAAGAAUCAUCCAGAAUUUUCCAGGAGGCUCAACAAAAUGGUGCGGCGCCUUGUGCCAGACUGUGACGUGCGCUUUUUGCAGUCACAGUGCGGCAGCGGGAAAGGUGCGGCGAUGGUUACAGCAGUGGCCUACCGUCUCGCCGCUCAGCACACCGAGCGGCAGCGCAUUCUUGACACCUUGCGUUUGAGUCGUGAACAACUGUUUGAGGUGAAGAGGAGAAUGACCGAGGAGAUGGCACGAGGCCUGUCAAAACAAACGCAUGACCAAACAAGCGUCAAGAUGCUUCCAACAUAUGUUCAGUCCACCCUGAACGGAACAGAACAAGGAGAUUUCUUGGCUUUGGACCUUGGGGGUUCCAGUUUUCGUGUUCUUCUUGUUAAGCUGAAAAGUGAAAAGAAGCAGAAAGUGGAUAUGCACCAGAAGAUCUACAGGAUUGAUCAGGAGACCAUGCAAGGCACAGGGGAGGAGCUCUUCGACCAUAUUGUGUACUGCAUUGCUGACUUUUUGGACUACAUGGGCAUGAGAGGGGCAUCCUUACCUCUGGGAUUUACAUUCUCCUUCCCAUGUGAUCAAACCAAACUGGAUGAGGGCAUUCUUCUGAAGUGGACAAAGGGUUUCAAAGCCAGUGGUUGUGAGGGAAAAAACGUUGUGAUGUUGCUUAAAGAGGCUGUCCAGCGCAAAAAGAGAUUUGACCUGAACUUUGUGGCGGUGGUAAAUGACACAGUGGGGACCAUGAUGACCUGUGCCUAUGAGGACCCCAAAUGUGAGCUGGGCCUUAUUGUUGGCACAGGGACCAAUGCCUGCUACAUGGAGGAAUUGCACAACAUUGAAACGGUGGAGGGAAAUGAGGGCCGCAUGUGUGUCAAUGUGGAGUGGGGAGCAUUUGGCGAAAAUGGUGAACUGGAUGACUUUUGCACAGAGUUUGAUCGUGCUGUCGAUGAAUGCUCCAACUACCCUGGGAAACAGAGGUAUGAGAAGAUGAUUGGUGGCAUGUACCUCGGAGAGAUAGUGAGGAAUGUGCUAAUGGAUUACACUGCUAAGGGCCUGCUGUUCAGAGGCAAAGUAUCAGAGCGGCUGAAGACCCGGGGCAUCUUUGAGACCAAGUUUCUGUCGCAGAUUGAAAGCGACCGCCUGGCCAUGCGUCAGGUCCGCUCCAUCCUGCAGCACCUGGGCCUCGCCGGCUCCACGUGUGACGACAGCGUUCUGGUGAAGGAGGUGUGCAGCGUCGUCGCUCGCCGUGCAGCCCAGCUCUGUGGCGCUGGUUUAGCUGCUCUUGUUGACAAGAUCCGGCAGAACCGCAACCUGAACCAGCUCUCCAUCACUGUGGGAGUGGACGGCACCCUUUACAAGACACACCCUCACUUCUCGAGCAUCAUGCAGGAAACCCUGCAGGAUUUGGCCCCUCAGUGUGAGGUGACUUUCCUCAAGUCAGAGGAUGGCAGUGGGAAAGGAGCAGCGCUUAUCACAGCCGUGGCCUGUAGGUUCAAGAGUGAGAAGCUGCAGUGAAUCCAUAGGACGUGAGCAGAGCUGCAGAGAAUUUCUUCCUUUGGGUCAACACAUACUGUGCAGUCAGUCAUCAUUCUGUAGUCUGUAGUUUUAUUUUAUGUAUGUUUAUGCACAUAUGGGUAUCUGUGUUUUAUGGUAUGAAGGGAUGCUGUCACGGAGGUUCGGUUGGGUGCAAAUUAAGCUCAGAAAUCACAUUUCUGCUGGCUGUGUGUGGUAAUGAACCUACACCUUCAGUGAGGCCUUCAUUGUUUUACACUCCCUCAUUGUCUUUUAUGUUUAUACCCCGAUUUCAGUUCUAUUUUAAGUCAAUCUUGUGAAUAGUUGAACUUCUCACACAUUAACAGUCUGGCAAGUCUAGAAAAACACAUUGAUAGACCAAAGACAGAAGAAUCAUGACAUGCAGCAGGUCAAUGAAGCAACAGGUAUCUAAUUAUUAUUAGUAUUUUUAUUUAAAGUUUUAAAGGAAUGUCAUUUUGUUACAGAAAACUUUAGAAAGUAUCAAAACUUGUAAUGAAAUGUUUUUUAAACCAUUGUAUGGGUAUAUUUGUAUGUUUAAAAUGUUAACAUUAGCCACACAUUGAAAACAUGUUCUGAAAACCAAAACUGUUUUAAAACUAUAGAAAACUGUGAAUCUUUGAGGAGGCUGCAAAUAACUGGAAGUAGAAAUCAUUCCAACUGUGCUGCACUGAUUGCUGCAAGCCUAUUCUGAUGCUCUGUCCUAAACAACUCCAAAUAGAGUGAGAAAUCACAUGGGGUCUUUACUUUCUUUCCUGAAAGGGAAGAAAACCGAGAUGAUCCCAACAUGGACACACUUGUUGCUGGGAGGUGGAGACAAUAAAGAUGAGAAUGAAAACAAUCUGCACCUAAAUUAUUGGACCUGUCAGUUGAAUUAAUAUUUUUCUGAACACAAAAUGUAUUUUAUGUUUUUACAAGGGAAAUACCCUGAACACAUGGAAAGUGUGUUAUUGUUUUCUUCAAACCAAACCCAACAGAAUAAAUUUUGCCCAGCCAUA